GGCCGGCCCCCCCGCCCUCCUGCCCCCCUCUCAACGGUUCCCCCGGUAACAGAGCGCACCUGCUGCUGCUGCUGCUGCUGUUUCACGCCUGGAGUCUCAUAGAAAAUGAUAGACGAAGGUUGUAUGAAAUAUAUUCCCUUUUGUUUGCUCAAAAUGUUUAAGUCUUCAGAAAAAUACUCCUCCACCGAGGCUAAGUGACUUAACAUUUCGAUGCUCGUGACCGUUUUCUUUGGGGACUAUCGACGGUCAACGUGCGUGUAUGUUGUCAGAGAAAGUAAGUAACGACAUCUUGUAAUAACGACGUUUUAGGGUAGUUUAAGGACACAUUUUAUACAACUAACUCGUGGUUACCGUUAAUUUAACCUUUGGCUGUAUACCGUAACCGUAAAAACAGGUAAUUAAGGUUAUGCAAGUUCACCUGUUUCAUGAGAAACCAAGUCAGCCGUUUAAUGCUAACUACAACAGAGAGGAAACACUUUGUCCUAUCUUUAGUCUGCACUGAGUGAGGUCGUUUCUCCAUACCGAGUGUGGAGCUAAUGGUGGAUUUAUCUUGACUUUUUUGUUGUGGUGUAGGCUAUUCAGGCUUAAAAUAAUGGUCUUACAAAUAAUUGGUGAAAGGAGGGAAAACAAAGUAGUCACAGUUAUGAUUAAGUUCAGUAAAUUGUACAAAUCAUAAACAAUAUAAUGCACUGCAGGUAUUUAUUAGGAUGCACCAGUUGAGAAAAUUGAGCUCAAUACUUGUUUUUAUAAUUUGUCACACUAAUGUUUUUUCCACUGGGCAAUAGAACCAAACAAAUCUUUCUUAAUACUAUAAAAUGAACAUAAAUAAAGUCAUUCAGGGGUUUAUUGUACCGUCAGUGACUCAGGUUGCAGGAUUUUUCCAAACAAGUUUAACUUUAAAGGCACAGUGUGUAGGAUGGAAAUGUUCUGGUAGUUAGAUAAAUUGAAAUGCUCCCAUGCUCACUCCUCCUGAGUGAAAAGAUGGCAGCCUAUGAGGACAAAAAGCUCCUGUGAUGCUAUUAGUACUCUAUUAACCUCACAAGACAACAAACUAUUUAAGACAAAUUUUUGGAAACACUCUCAUAGAACCAAAUCUUCUUUUUAUGAAGAAAAAAAUGAUAAUUAUAGAGAAAACCUGGGAAAUAAAACAAGAGAGUUUUUAAGACCUUAGAAAUAAAAUCUUUUUUUUGAAUUGAUUAAUUUGCUGCAUUUGAAUAUAUCUAAAUAUCACAUGUGGUUUUGGCAUUGAUGUACCAAAAUUAAAAAUAACCAGAUGGUCAGAUGAUAGGUGCACCGUCAAUCUGUUAGUAACAUACUCUCAUACAAAGCUUAUAAUGUUAUUUUAAUGCUCAUCGCCUUAGGACAUAACACACUGUAGCACCUUCAUUUUUUGGCUGUUUGACAUGCGUUUCAUGUCUCUGCUGCAUUAAUAACAAUUUUCCUCAAGGCUGAAAUACAGAGAUUUCGAGCUUGUAAUCACUAAUCAAUGCAACUCAACAUACUGUACACUAGCUCCUGCAAUCAGUGUGUGCCAAGUGCUUUUCUGACAGGCUGAUGCCAGCCAGUACUCAGCUGAUAUUUCUUUGCAUUGUUGGGAGCUAUCUAAUUUGAGACAUUCAUUUAAGAAACCAGAUAUUCAACACAGACUGGACAAAUCUCCCCUGUUUUCUGCUACAUCCACCAUCCUCUAUCUGUCAAUAACAGCCAUUAAAGCCAGAAAAACUUAAAAGAAAGAAGAAAGAAAGGAAGAAAAUCAAAAUUGUAACUGUUAUUUCUCUAAUCAUACUGGUCUUAGGGCAUAAGAAAUUGCCUGUGUCCCAAUUUUUUGCUCCUGGUUUCGAUGUUCAUCUUUACUUUAGGUGCAGUUUUAAUUCAAAGAAAUAAAGCCAGCUAUAUCAUCGACUGUUAAGUUAUUUUGUCCCCUUUCUUGUCCUUUAGAGAGGACCAGAGCCUUGCUGAGGACCGAGACGAGAGAGAGCUUGGAAGGCCUGACACUAGAAGAUCAGGUAAAUAGGUUUUUAACUCCAGCAUAUUAUUCAUCCGUGUAUAUCUUUGUUAUAUCUAGAUCAAAACACACCACUGUAUGUUAAAUACAACUGGGUAUUCUAAUAUUUCCCUCCAGAAAAAAGGCUACAGCAGACACCCCCCUUUUCCUCUCCAAGUCCUGAACCAGAUUUGACAUCUAAUGCAAAGCAUGAAACUAAAACAAAACCAAAAAGCAAUGACAAGGAGGCGAUCUCAGAAGCUGAGCCUAUAACUCAACAGCCGCAGAAAACAAGAGAAGAAGAAGACCAAAACCCUGAGUCUGACAGAGCAAGUGAGAAGGUAAUCACUAUGUAAGGAAUGCUUGUCACAAAUUAAUGUUGCGUUAGCUUCAUAAAUCUCCUGAUUUCAUCAUUUGCAGACUACUUUAUCACUUUAGGCUUCUUCUUUGUUUAUUUUUCCCUCCCUGUCCCAUCUUUAAUGCAUUUAAUAAACACUAAACACUAACACUAAAAUAAAAAGGUGUAAAACAGAACUUGUAUAUAUAUAGAACUUGUAUAUUAGCUGACUUCAUACAUCUACUUUGAUAUCUGUGUUUUCUACUUACUUGCUUUUGCAUCAUCUCACAAAAUAUCUUGUUUUUUUAAGUUUUUGUGUUUAUGGUCAACAAACACCUGACUUUUUUCAUAGUCAGGUUCAUGAAAAUAUUAUUUUUGUCAUACACUUUCAUAUAAGUCUGUCUCUGAGAUAUCCCAUCUUUACUGAUUCCCACCACUUCCAUUGUCCAUUUUUAUAAUUACUUGGUAUCAUUUUCGUAGGGCGAGGAAGUUGCUGAAGAAGGCUGUGGUGGUAAGUAUUAUUCUUCCCAUUGUUUCAUCUUGUUCCAAUGUAUUUAUAUGUGAUGGCCCCUUAUGUUGGGCUACUUUUUGCUUGUCUAUAUCCACACAUAUGCAAACAACAACAAAUACUGCUGUCCCUCAGUAUCUGUUACACUGGCUGACUCAACUUUUCAGUACUUGUAGUCUCCCUGUUCUGGAUAAUAUCCAUUAUCUUUCUUAUCUAGAGGGUGUCCCUGCUUAUACACCAGCCUUCCUGAAUGUGAGUCUGUCUCUUUUAUAGCUCCAGUCACCUGUGAUGCCUUCAAGAGCUGCCUGAUGCGCAUUCCUCACACCUCUGAGUGCCUGGGCAAUAUCAACGCAUACUUCAAAGAGAACGGCAUUUCUCCUCCCAAAGUACCCUCCAUGCCUGAGCUACCAAAACAGCUUUCUGACGUUACCAAACACUUACCCCGCCUCCCCUCCCUGCCCCCCGAGCUGCGCCAAGAGUUAUCCCAAAUCCGACUCACACAAGUCCCUAGAAAUAUUGCCACAACUCUGACAGAGCUUUUACCUAAGAACGCAGACGGCUCAGUUGGCCCCACUUUGUCCAGUGUCUCCCAAGGCCUUUCAACCAUCCCACAGAAGGUCUCCCAGUUCCCCUCAAAAACACAGCAGUACAUCCUCAACAUCCAAAACCGCCUUAACAGCCUCAUGCCACAAGAUGCCUAGAAAACAACAACAACAGCAAAAACAAAAGAAUCAUUCAGAUGUUGAGCUGAACCGGCUUCGACACUCCCCUCUCCCUCCACCUCACUAUCCUCAGCUCAGGUCCCGUUCCCCAUCCCCAUCCUCCCCCAAUGGUAGUGCCCUUGAACUGCCCAAUGUGCCAUCCUACCCACGCCUGCCUCCGAUUGUCAGUCCCCCAUCGAGGCAGCUCCACUCACCGUCCCACCAGCUAUCAGGUCUUUCAAACCCGGCAUUCUUCAUUGAAGAUGGCUCAGAGGUUUCAGCAAUAAGACACGCAGGUGAGUUGUUGGCUUUAUUGUGAGAUAACUUGUGAGCAGCUGAGCCCUAUCAUAAAAACAAACACUUUACAUUAGAGUCAACUACUUACUUUUAAUCAAAAACACCUGAUAGUAUAUCUGAUUAAAAUAAUAAAAAAAAAACACCUGAUAGUAUAUCUGAUUAAAAUUAUAAUAAAAAAGUUUAUGAUCGACUGUGUUCUCAGGUUAUUUCAUCUGCCUUGACUACGUUUUCAAGAUUAUGAACAUCCAAAACAUUUUUUGUCAUCAUGUUUUUUUUAAAACAUGUUUUGUCUAAAUCAGAUAUUUUUUGAUAACCAGGGUUAAUCUCAGGUGUUGUGUGAGUAAAAGUAAGAAAUAGAGCUGUGUGUGCAUAUCCUUAAAAUUGUUCACCUUUUGUAUCAGUAAGAGUACUUUUACAUGCCUAGUGGGUAACAACCAUCCCAUCCGCACAAGCUCAUUUAGAAAUUGUCUCAAAGGCAUCAAAAGCUGAAUGCCAUGUGACUUUCUCCUAUUAAAUGGUAAAAAAGCAUGACAGCCAAUUCUGAAGCAGCUGAAAGAUCUGUUUCCAUAUGUACAUAAAGUGUACUACUGUAACUCAAGAGUGACUUUUGACAUCAGCCUAUGAUUUACUGAACAAGUGAAGAGAUGUCUUCAGUCAUUUUUAUCUAUUUGGAAAAUAUUCAGUGUCAGAUUAGUAUUAUCUUUAAAAUCUCUCAUAAAAACACAAUGUUGUCAGUGUAAACAAGUCAUUUAAUAGCUUAUAAAUGCAUUGGCAGUAGCUGUCUUCUAUACUUACACAACUUGGCCUAAACUUGUGCCUAUAAGUAUACAAGAAGAGGAAAGAUAUUGACAGUUGACGCAUUUUGCCAAAAGGGAAGAAAAAAGAAGUGUCCCUGUACACCUUGUCAGUAACCAGACUGUGUGGGUUGAUGAUUGCAUCGCUAUCAUGCCACUCUUACAUUUUUUAAAGUUACAGUGUAGAUCCCUCUGCACUGGCCUGAAUGAAGAGCUGCUAAAUCUGACCUGCAUUGUCCAUUAAAAUACUGUGACACAUUGACAUUUUGGAGAUUCUCCUUAUUAAUCCUGUGUUAUUUGUACCUUUACCGUCUCCAGAGAGCUCUAGCCUUAGCCUUCGUCCAGCCGUCAAUGUGGAGGAUGUCGACUCAGACCAUGAAAGAGGACGUGAUAGAGGAGCAGGGGCGGGAGGAGGGGAGGAACUUCGCAACAUCCCCCACAUUCUCACCCCCCAGGACCACAAACUCACAACCCUCACUGUUCCCGUGACCCCCUCAGGAGGUCGUCAAAGGUGAGGAGUAUGAUUUAAAGUAAUAUUUUUAUUACCCGACCUAAACUGCAGCAUCAAUGUUCACUAGUUAGAUAAUGGCUUGAUGUAAAUCAAUUUUAAAGAAGAGCUCCAUAGUGAAUGAUAUCAGGUUUGAUUAAAGAUGUUCAAAACUGAGUCAAUAAUUUCAAUCUUUUUCUUCCCUUCAUGCUUGACUCUGCAGCAAAGGAGAUAAAGAGUAAGGAACUGCAUGGAUGUUCAUGUUUUUGUAUUUGACUCUACUACUUUUCUAUUACUACUCUAAUUCUACUUGUUAGAAAUACCAAGUAUGCAACAGAGACAGACUGAUAUUGGGUAUUUGAUGCAGAUCCGACACCAGUUGUUAAGGAGUCAGAUUGUUAAAUUUUGCAUUAAUUAUUGACAAGUGACAUUGCAGCUGAUAGAGUGAAAUGGCAGUAGACUUAUUUAAUGGUAUUUUAGUGAACUAAUGUGACUGAAUAAGAAUAGCUAGGACUGCUUUCUUGAAAAAAAAAAGGCUCUUAGUAGCUUAUUAUGCGACCUAAACUUAGCCCUGGUAACUAAAAUCAUCAAUCCUAGUGUGGACAAGUGUGUGCUCAGCAUUGAAUCACUGUUACAUGCCUUGCAGACACUUUCCCAAGUACUGUUGACAAGCCAGGAUGGUGAAUCCAGUACUUGACAACAACACCUAGAGAGCAUCCUCAUUAUGACAUUUUGCAUCAUUCUUUCUGUGAAAGUGAAAUAUCUCCCCAAAUACUUUCUUAACAAUCAAGACAUAAAGACACAUGUAGACAAAAAUGUUCAUAGUUUUGGGAAGUGUUCGUUACAUGAAUCAUGUUGGCACUAAAGCUGUCCCGAAUUAAAUUACCUUUUUUUGUGUGAAGGUGCUUGUGGUUGCUGCAUAGAUCUUUUCCUUGCAAUACACAUUACAAUCCCAACCUUCUGUAAAACUGGGUCACCUACCUGUAGAGUGUUGUUGUGCCUGAUUACUGUCACUUUUUUGCAGUAAUGUCUAUGAUUGGUGUAAUUUUCCAUGGCACUCACUUCACUUAUCACCCACUUUUUCUCUUUCUCUCUCAAAAACUAAACUCUGACCCUGAAUAAAAUCAACAGCAGCUUGAGGAAUCGCAGGACUAUUUGGACAAAGAUGUAAGUCAUCCAUGUCUUACCCAUGAUCUUAAUGACGAUGUAAUCAAAGCAUCUAUCUAUUUUUUUUAAUGCGCACAUUGCUGUACUUUCAGUCUACCUAAUACUGCUUCAUAUCCUAUCAUACACUAAUCCACAUUAUUUUCCAUUUACUCAUUAAAUUAUCAUCUUUAGUGCUUAUUUGAAUUCCUCUUAAUCAUAAAUACAAAUAAAGCUUGAAAGCACAGGGUCUUGACUUUCCUUUAAGCUUUCUAUUUUCAAACCUCAGCAGUUAUGAAAUUACUUUGAUUUCAUGUGUUUUUAUAUCCACAGUUGGCAUGUUGUACAAUAGAGCCAAAAAACUGGAAUUGCAUCUUUCAAAAGCAAAAGUGACUCAAAGUUAAAACUACUUUGUGUCUGUGUCCAUUCAAUCAUAACAGAAGGGGGCUAAGCUCUCAAAGUGAAGAUGAUGACGAGAGGACCACUCCUGUCAGAGCCUGGCCCAGCCAGUCCAGCCUACACAGCACAGAUGACAUGUAAGUAACCCCCGUGUAAACACAUACACACAAAAGACAUUUUUGAAACAUCAAAAGAAGACAGAGAGGUGUGAAGAUGUAGUUUGGAUGUGUGGUGAGGUAAAGGUUGUUCAGUGUUAAGUAAAAAAAUGAUCUUUCUUCUAGACUCAAAGAACGUCCAGCGUCUGCUGCCAGUCAGACCAGCACAGUGGUCAAUGAACGCCUUCAGGAGCUGGUCAGGAUGUUUAAAGAGAGAACAGAGAAAGCAAAGGAGAAACUUAUUGACCCUGACAGCUCAGAUGAAGACAGCACCACCCCCUGUGAGUGUCUGCCAUUCACUCUCUUUGAACUAUCCACACAGUGAGCUUUCCUUUGGUUCAACAUGGGAUAUACAGCAUUAGACCUUACUCUCCAAAAGGUAAAAAAAAGGGAAUAUGUCAGAAACAGACUGGCAGAUAGUGAUCACACACUGAAGCUGCCAUGUGUUAUAGCAUAUCUUAGAUUACUGUCAAAGAGUCGGCCUGUUCCAGCAGGACAAAAACCUUUAGAGCCAUGCUCACCGAUUGCAUAAAACUCUAUUAGUGACACAAAGGGCCCAGUAACCCACACACCAAUUGUUUAAAUAAGUAAUAAGAAAAUCCUUUUUCCCGUUUCAUCUUUUGCGUUUCACCUGGAGUGUCCCCCAUUGAACACUGAGUGCUCUGAUUAGUGCUUCCCAAAAUGGAUACCUUAAGGACAGGCUAAGGCACCUCUUCGUACUAUUCUGACCUUUCCAAUCUUAUCUCUGCAGCUCCCCCACAGCAGUCAGCUCCCCAUCCCGCUCCUGGUGCUCAAACAGUGGAAGGGGGAGAAAAGGAGGUGCAAGCAGGUCCUUCUGGAGAGGGAGGAGGAGGGGGAGGAGGAGGAGGUGAUGUGAUGGAGGUUGAGACGGAGGAGGAGCAGCCCAGCCAUUGCUGCAAAGCGCCUCGCUGGAUAGAAGCCUGUUUGCACUACCGCUUCCCUGCCAGCAUUGAUCCUUUUACAAGUGAGGACUCAGUCCAGUGCUCCACCUGUUACAUCACCUUUAAGAACGAUUGAAUCUAAUUUCGCCAAAGUGCUCAGAAAUGUUAGACAAAAUGCUACCAGAUGAGAUCCUGUUUCUUCAUCACACCCAUGCUCCCUGUUUUUGUCUAACCCCCUCCUUUUCUCCAUCAUCUCUGUCUCUCUGUCAGACCUUAUGUAUGUGCUGUGGAUGUUACUGGUCUCUCUGGCUUGGAACUGGAACGUAUGGUUCAUCCCAGUGCGCUGGGCCUUCCCCUACCAGACUCCCGAUAACAUUUACUACUGGCUGCUGACCGACUACCUGUGUGACCUCAUUUACAUCCUUGACAUCACCAUCUUCCAACCUCGCCUGCAGUUUGUUUGCGGAGGAGACAUAGUGGUGAGUGGGACCCUGUCAGCCUUCAUUGUAACUGACCAGGAUUUCUUCAAUGGGGAUAUAAACGUCUGCGUGCCUUAAGGUAGCUUAUCAAAUGAAAGGGGGAAAAAAAGAUUGUAUUUCAACAUUUUAAAGGUCCUCUAAGAAACUUUCUUUUUUUGUUGGAGUUCCCUGCAGACAGAGUGGUACCUCUGAUCUCUUUGUUGAUAUUGUCCUGUUUCAGAUGUCCUGUUAUAUUCUAACAGUCAAAUGUUCAGCGAAUGUUUUGAAAAACUGAAUCAAAAGGCAUUUUAUCUGACAAUAAGUGACAUGUCUAGUCAAACACCCACCCCAGGCAGUAUUUACAAGCGUGACAAAUGACCUCAAUUCACUUUCUACAUUUGUACAUUUUGUUGCUUUGUUAUUUUUCAGAGUGACAAAAAGGAGAUGAGAAAAAAUUACAUGAAGACAAAACGCUUCAAAGUAAGUAUCUCAUGAUAGAUAAAAUUAAUGACUUUCAUUGUAUUGGCUUUGUGACUUUUCACAUAUUUAUCCUUGGAUCAAUUCUUGAAACGAAUCAUCACUCAGUUUAUCCUUUCUUAUUUUUUAGUUUGAUGUAGCCAGCCUUGUACCACUGGAGAUCUUCUACUUCAAAACUGGAGUCAAUCCUCUUCUACGCCUGCCCAGGCUACUGAAGGUGAGCUUCAUUGCUGCUGCUCCAACAACAGUCAAAAACAGUAUUCAUUUAUCAGGGCUAAUAACCAAGACUACGUCACUUAUUUGAGGAAAUCAGAUGUUUUGUAUCUUGUUCCUUUAAAUGCUUGUUAUUUCUAUGCUCUCUUUCAAUCCCUCUUUAGAUCAACUCCUUCUUUGAAUUUAACGAGCGUCUAGAAGCCAUCUUGACCAAAGCCUACAUCUACAGGUCAGCUGCCUCCUGAUGGUUAUAGCUAACAUGCACCCAAGCCACUCUCAUUACCUCCUGCUCUAUCUUAUGACUUUAUAUUUCUACAGUUUUCUGCUGUCGAGUUUAUUAAAAAGUGUUCUGUUGUGUCUCUCAGGGUGAUCCGUACCACUACCUAUCUUCUGUACUGCCUCCACUGUAAUGCCUGUCUUUACUACUGGGGAUCUGCCUUCAAAGGCCUGGGAUCAACCAAGUGGGUGUACAACGGUGAAGGCAACAGGUCAGUGGAAUAAACACGCACAGCAGUGAGGGUCUAUUUAUGAGUCGAAGAUUAGGGUGGGGGUUUAAAAGGAUUGAUAGACUGGCAGCUGUCAGAACACAGACAAGGUCAGGCUGCUCGCUGAUACUGAACUGUUUUGAGCCUUAUAUCAUCUGGAGUUGAUUUCUUUUAAUCUAUCAGAGUUACAUAUUUUGACUGAUGACAUGUCCCUUGCAUGUCCUGACAUUAUUUGAAGUCUGGGUUGUUUUUUCGUCUCUCUCUCUCUGAACAGUUACAUCCGCUGUUACUACUUUGCAGUGAAGACCCUGAUCACCAUUGGUGGUCUACCAGACCCCACCACCUUGUUUGAAAUUGUCUUCCAACUCAUCAACUACUUUGUUGGAGUUUUUGCAUUCUCGAUCAUGAUUGGACAGGUGUGUUGAUGUCCUGUGUGAUUUCAUCCUUACACCAAUAAAACACUCAUCACUCAUACUUUAUUAGUUUUUGUACAAAAGCUGUUUUUAAAGGAAGAACUUUUUGGAUUCUUUUGCUCGUAUGUGCCCCAGAUGCGUGAUGUGGUCGGUGCAGCAACAGCCGGACAGACUUACUACCGCACAUGUAUGGACAACACCAUUAAAUACAUGUCUUCUUAUCGAAUCCCAAAAGAUGUCCAGAACCGUGUCAAGACCUGGUAUAACUACACCUGGCAAUCGCAAGGCAUGCUGGGUAAGGAGAGCACUUUGUUCUUGUGCGCUUCAUACCUUUGUGACCUUUGAGGUAUGUUGUAAUUUAUAUCAUCUCCCCUUUAGAUGAGCAAGAGCUGCUGACUCAGCUGCCAGAUAAAAUGCGUCUGGACAUCGCCAUAGACGUCAACUACUCCAUCGUCAGCAAAGUCCCACUUUUUCAGGUAGGAAGACUAACAAUACAAACAGUGAUAUUCUAGAGUGUCUCAUUUAGAGAGUAAGACAUAUUUUUGUUCUCUCACUUUGCAGGGGUGUGACAGACAGAUGAUCUUUGACAUGCUGAAAAGCCUUCGCUCCGUUGUCUACCUACCUGGAGAUUACGUUUGUAAAAAGGUACUUCAUGCUAAUUCUUAAAAUGAGAGAACUCCUCAUAGAUUAUUUUUCUCUAAUGUUUCUAUUUGUAAUAUUUGAUUCUUCUUGUCUUUUGCGUCUGCUUUUUUCAUGUUCGCUCAGGGCGAGGUGGGUCGAGAAAUGUACAUCAUAAAGGCAGGAGAGGUGCAGGUAGUUGGAGGACCUGAUGGGAAGACAGUGUUUGUCACUCUGAGAGCAGGAUCAGUCUUUGGAGAGAUCAGGUGAAGAGAUUUGAGAGGUGGCACUGUACUAAAAGUUGUUUUGAUAUAUGACGAAAGUUUAAAAUGACUAAUGUACAGUACGUGAAGUGAAUGAAUGUUUUGUUCUUUUUCUAGUUGGUUCUCUUUCCAUACUUCAGAUUGUAUGAAAUUAAAAAGCAUAACUUUUUCUCUCCUUUUUUAAAAAUUUGAAAUAUUAAACAUGGUGUGUAAUGUCCUUUUUAAACCCGGAUUUCUCUGGUUGGCAGUUUGCUUGCAGUAGGUGGGGGGAACAGGCGUACAGCAAAUGUAAUUGCUCACGGUUUUGCCAAUCUCUUCAUCCUGGACAAAAAAGACCUCAAUGAGAUCCUGGUCCAUUAUCCCGAAUCCAAGAAGUUGCUCCGCAAGAAAGCCAGGUAGAGAUUCAGGUUCCACACAUUCAACUUCUAAAAGCCCAACAACAAAAACUGUGGUGACUGUGUGUUCUAGUUUUGCCCCUUCCUGUUCCUGCUGUAGAACAGUACAGACAUAGUGAGACCAACUCUUUAAAUAUUUGUUUUGUAUGAUUGUAAUAAUCCUACUAGUCUGAUAGAUGUUGGCUCUGUCUCACCCAUAGGAAGAUGCUUACGAAGGGUAAGAAACCUGAACCCAAGGAAGAACCGAAGGAUCCCCCUCAGGUCCCAGCAGCUCCUGUGAGGCAAGAGACACCCAAACUGCUGAGAGCAGCUCUGGAGAUGACUGAGAAAUCAUCUGGACUUAAAGGAGCUCUGGCUAAAGUCAAAGAGAAGACCAAUAAGUCCAGUCUCUCCUUACAGGUAAACCAUGAAGCACCCGAGCAAACAAUAGAAUAAACAUAUGUUUAAGAAAAAGGGAAAUACUUCAUAAAGAUGAUUAAUCUCUUCUCCUCAGCCCUCCGUUUCCUCCUUCCUGCCUCCACCUUCUCCCACCUCGAGUUCUGGACCAGAGAGAGAUGCUGAAACACCGUCACCCACGUUUCGAUCUGCUUCUGGCUGCUAUAAUAACAACUCAGCAUUACAAAGCCACAACAAUGAAGACUAAAGACUGUUUUCUGAGGAGAGAAGAGGGUCAGUAAGGCUGAAGUGAAAGAGGUUGCAAAGAAGAAAGUUAAGAAGUUGUUUCAUUUUUGGGAGGGUAAUGAAAGGGGAAUGGAUGGGUGUUGUAAAUUAACAUGCACCAAAGCAGUCAAGUCUUAAUAAUCUCAACCAGAUCUGCUGAAGUGAAAAAAUAAUCAAGGCAGUCCUUUGAUUCUCUCUUUUUUAAAUGAAACACUUCACCACACACGACAGUGUCACAGCUCACUGUCAGCAUCAUGCCGUGCAGAUGAAUUCCGCCUGUUCCUUAUCAAAGCUGUGUUUCACGUGUAAACAGCUACAUCUUGUGGACAUCACUGCCUGUCCUUGUCUUUUUCAAACUGCAGCCCCUUGAAUGCACUCUUCUGUUGACCUCCACUUUCUGUGUUCAGCUCUGCUUAUUUCUCUAUUACAUAAUCUUAUGAAGAAGAAAGUCACUCAUCACCAUUAACCACAUCAGAAUUCAAACUCAAUCCUAAUCUACACUAAUUUUACAUCAGUAAAGUUAGUAUAGAUAAUGAUGAAGAGUGAAAUCUGAGACAGGUGGCAUACUGAAGCCAUACCAGUUAAUCCAGUAAUCCCCACUUCACUGAACCUCUUUCUCAAACAAACAAAAAAUGUUUUUGCUGUUGUUGUCUGCCAAGUGUUUACAGAUCUUUUUGUAAACUUCAAAGUGCAAUUUUAUUUUUAUUUUGUCCUCUUUACUUUAGUGUUGUGUUGGUGUGAGUAGCUUGCCCUGCUAAUGUUUUUAUGAACUAGUUUGAAAAGUGUACCCAUUAUUGAAAUAAUUACACCCAUACUAACGUAAAAAUUUCAUAUCAAGAGGCCUGUCUGAAGUCAUCAGAGAGGACUUAAUAAAAACUUCGGUUCAUCUUUACUAUAUUUACCUAACAUAUUAUAACAUAACCUGUUUCUUAAUGCCUCAAAAUACACUAGUACAUGCUCAUCAAGGUUUUACAUAUCAAUCACUUAAACAUUUGAACCAUUGUUACAUUUAGCGCCAUCACACUGCAUUCGCAUUUUCAACAUAUUAACAUUUGUUGUUGUUUUUUCUGUCUUUUUUUGUAUAAUAUUGUACAUUUAUUUUGAAAUUUAGAUGACUCUCAUUUGUAGGUGCAGUCACUCUAUUGUUCUACAGUGUCAUACCGUAUACAUGCAGUGUAUUCGAUCUUAAUGUUAAUUAUGUGCUGUUCAUAUUUUCUGGGGUUCACAAAUAAUGUAGAGUUUUUCAUUUUUGUAAAUAUUGUUAAUUUAUUGAUACAUUUGGCGAUGAGCCCCACAAACCAGCUAACUAUACUGCCAGACAAUCUGUAGAUAGGAUUACUGUUGUGUUAUAUUUGGAAUUUGUAUGUAUGUGAGUGUGUUGAAAGAGGAGCGCUUAUGAAGUACUCGAAAAAUUGUGUAAAUAUUGAGUAUUUGUGUUUACAAUGUAGAUUUUGUAUCACUGCUGUAGCUCUGUAUUCUUGUGCAUUUUAUUUAAAUAAACGCCUGUUAUCAGCA